AUGAAGAUCUACCUCCAAUCAGUUGGCUAUGAUCUUUGGAACAUUGUUGAGACUGAGUUCACAAACCCAACCACUCUAUACACCGAAUGGACACUUGCUCAAAGGAAAAAUGUGAAUUUGGACUCCAAGGCAAUGAAUGCGUUGUUUUGUGCCCUGGACAAGAACGAGUUCAAUCGCGUGUCUACCUCUACAUCUGCACAUCAAAUUUGGCAUACUCUUGAGGUAACACAUGAAAGAACUAACAAAGUUAAAGAGUCAAAAUUUUUUGUUCUUGUUCACAGGUUUGAACUAUUCAAGAUGAAAGAGAAGGAGACCAUCACGGAGAUGUUUACAAGAUUUACAGAUAUCACAAACUCCUUAAUUGCACUAGGCAAAGUUUACACUCAAGUUGAAAUGGUGAGGAAAAUCCUAAGAGCACUCACUCCAGAAUGGGAGAAGAAGACUACGACAAGAAGAUGCCAACGAUUUUUCAACUAUAACCGUAGAGGACCUCAUCGGCAAUUUCAUGGCUUAUGA